AUGUACAUCAAAGCAGAUUGUAAGAAUUUGAACUUGGAUCCAAAUCAGGAACAACAAGGACAGAAACCAUUAAGUGAAAGGGUUCAUGAUCGUCGGGAUAGCUUCCACAAGAAAUUACAACAAUUGCCUCAUGUGAUGACGCCAAAGGGUAUCCAGGAAGAAUUGGAUAAAUACGAAAAGAAUCAGAAUUCGCCAUAUAAUACUAAGAAAUAUCAUGUAUUGCAUGGAGAUUCAAAUCUAUCUUCUUUGAAAUUCUUACAUAAACCUCAACGUGUGGCACAUUUGAAUGAAGAUCGAUUCCCAGAAGAAGAAUUACAAAGAAAUACAGAUAUGAAUAAAAAAUUGACUACAAGUAAUGGAUUGCCGGAAUUCUCACCAAAUUCUGUCGUUGAAGAAAGAAACAUUCAAUCUUUUAAUUAUAUCUUUAAUAAUACUUCAAAUGAAAGUAUAAUACCGUUCCCAACACCUGUAUAUAAAAAAUCAGGAGAAUUAGUGAAAAGUUCCUUAAAGAAAAGAUCAAAAUCACUACCUGCAACUCCCUUAGUCUCCAGUCAUAUUGAUGAUGAUGAUGACGACAUUGGUGAAAACCCAUUACUAUUAGCUAGAAGUAAGAGUGUGCAUUUUGAUCAUAAGACACCUGUGAAAUAUUUUAGUAAAGAUGAAAGUCCAAUUAAUGUAAAUACUACUGGUGAACAAAGUAAUAUAUUAAACUUUGUUCAUAAACCGGUAAAUCUAAUGGAUUCAGAAUUUAUUGUUGAAGAUGAUAAUGGUCUAUUAUCAGGUUUAAAAAAUAUGAGUCUGAAGGAUAGAUUUUUUAGCGCAGAUAAUUUAACCAACAAUAGUAAUAAUAGUAAUAAUAAUAAAAGUGAACCUAAAAAAUUACGUAAAAGUAAACGAUUUCAAAAAGUUAUUGGAAAAGAAAAUGAAAAUGAGGAGGAAAAUAUAUUAAACAACAAUCCAAAGAUAUCUACAACAAGAAAUAUUAUUAGUAAACCUAUUACAAGCCCAUAUACAAUAUCUUCAGUGAGUCAAGAAUUUAAUAAUUCAGUUGAAGAAUUAAAUAAAAAGGCUAAAGAAGAAGCACAUGCCAAAAACUUGAAUAACUCGAAAUCUGAAGCUCUUAAUAGAAAAACAACUAAUGUUAGAUCAGGUCGUUCACAAAAGGUAGUUGGGUUAUACAAUGAAAAUUUCCCUAUAUUGAGUAAUAAGAAUCCUAAAUCAUUAAAAUUGAAUAUAUUCAUAAAUUUAUCAAGAGGUAAAAAAUGUUUUUUACAGGAAUUGACAUUACAUAUUCAAACACGACAAAAUUUAUCAAAUGGUAUUACACAAACAGAACCCAAUAAUACUGUAUCACGAUAUAUUAUUGGGAAAGUUCUAGUUAAAAACAUAUAUUAUGAUAAAAGGAUUAUUGUUAAAUAUACAUGGGAUAAUUGGAAAACGGCUAAUGAAGUUGAAGCUAUUUGGUUAAGUAAUAGUGAUUCAAUUUUACCGGGUACGGAUAUGGAUAUUUUCCAUUUUUUAAUUGAUGACAAUUCAAGAAGUGAAGAAAAUAUUGGUAGAUUAGAAUUUUGCAUACAAUAUACAACAAGAAAUGAUACAACUAGAGAAGAAUAUUGGGAUAAUAAUGACGAACAAAAUUAUAAAGUCGAUGUUGUAUUGAAAGGUUUCAAUAAUCCAUUUGGUUUAUAA